GGAAACUUUCCUCCUGGUGGCGGAGGACCUGGCAAUAUGCCUGGAAUGCCUCCGGGAGGAGGCGGCGGCAUGCCACCAGGGAGCAGCGCGGCUGGAUUUCCUCCAGGCGGUGGUGGAGGUUUGAUCAAUGCGUUUCAGAAUUUUCACGCGGCAGCUGGAUCGAGUUCAUCUUCUGGCGGUCCGUCAAAUGUGCGCGUCAUUUCCUCAGGCUUGCUCCCAUGUCGUUGUGGAUCACGCUUGGACCUACUCGCGCAAGAGGAGAUGUCGUUUCCUGCUGGAACUUUUUCGGACAAGAUCCAAAUUGCCGAGGGCGCAGAGGGAGGUGGGCGUGCGAACAAAAAAGGCGGUAAAGGCGGUGCCGCUAAGAGUAAGAAGACCGCAAACCCAAAAAAGAAAGCUACAGGCGCGGGUGGUAGUCGAGGAGGUGGAGGGAGAGCAGCUCAACAGCAAAUGGUAGUCGCAAACUACAUCUUUCGUUGUCAAAAUGCGAGUUGUAAUCUCAGCAACAGCGUUCUUAUGCUGCCGUCGCGCGUGGCAUCAACAGCACGGACUUUGCAGAGCAAAAACAACGACUUUCGGUGUCCCAUUUGCGACACGGGAGUGGUGAAUGUCAAGAACAAUGAGACUCGAACGGAGCAUGCUGUGUGUCCCUUCUGCUUCACCCACCCACCUGACUUUGCUGACAAUGGACCCGUCGUCAAUCAAAUGCGGUGCUUCCAGUGUCGACACACCUCCUGUCCCCUUGCCGGUGGACGACCUCAAAAGACGAUCAAAACGUGUCCGAAGUGCCGGAAAGGCAGUCUAGUGGUAAAAAGCAAGGACAAUAGCUUUCGAAUAUCCUGCGACGCUUUUCCAAAAUGCAAUUAAGGGCGCCAUCAACCCAUCUCUCAUAGCGUCUUUUGCCCCAACAAUGCUCUUGCUGCUUAUGUAAUUAUAGUGCUAAAAGACCUUGCUCCGAGAGAUGGGUUGUUGGUACCUCUAAUGCAAGGAAGUCAUUUGGCUUCCACGAGCAGUCAAAAACGCAGAAGCAAUGGAGUCAAAUCCUUGUCCGACGUGUGGUGCUGCAAAGUUAGCGCUGCGCCUGCACUUGGGAGGAGCAUUAAACUUUGUGCCCGAUGCCGGAGUCACAAUGGAGAGAGGUGGCCAAGAGGGAACCCUAGAGCUCUGCAUCUUCUGCGAGAAAGAAAGGAUAGGCAUGACAACUUGAAGAGUUUCAAUCAGCUGGUUUUACUAAAACAUCAUCUUUUGUUUCUUCUGCUGUGGUGUCUUCAUCUUGAUCAUCUUAUUCAAGAAAGAAUUUAAGCUGA